AUGGAAGGUGAUAAAUCGGAUACUCCUAAGACAUAUUCUGGAAUACCAGAGGCAGUAUUUGUUGAUAAUGUAGAUGAGUUUAUGAGCAAGCCUGAAAAUGCUGGUGGGGUGGACGUAGUUUUGAAGAGUCUUGAUGAACAACAUUCAAAAUACAAACACAUGGAGAUGUCACUGGCAACAAAACGUAGGCGACUCAGGCAACAGAUACCUGAUCUGGCUCGUUCUUUGGAAAUGAUUGAGAAGCUUAAAACCCAAAAAGAGGAAAUGCAAACAGAGUUUCUGCUUAGUGAUCAAGUAUUUGUUAAGGCAAAUGUACCACCCACUGAAAAAGUAUAUUUGUGGCUUGGUGCAAAUGUAAUGUUAGAAUAUACAUUAGAAGAUGCUGAAAAGCUACUAUCAUCAAAUAUGGCUACUGCUAAGAAGAAUCUAGCUUGUGUGGAGCAUGAUUUAGAUUUCCUAAGAGACCAGUGGACAACAACAGAAGUAAAUAUGGCAAGAGUUUACAACUGGGAUGUUAAGAGGCGCCAGGCUGCCAAAGCAUCUAGCUAA